GAAUAUUGUUAGGUAUCUAAGAUUGGCAACUAAUCCACUGAAAAUUUAUAUAAAAAAAAUCAUAUUAUAAUUUAGCUAGUCUAUGUAAAAUAUUGGAUAGAAAACAUAAGGAGAUUGUAAAGUUUUCAAAGGAGAAGUCCUAUAACUAUCUUACUAGAAAAUAAAACAAUAUUUAAGAAAUAACGUGAACUAUGAGAAAUUUUAUUUAGAGGUGGUUAAAAAGUGUGGAUAAGAUAAAAAUAAAAGAGUAAAAUCUUGGGAGUGAAUCAACCAGUACUUGCCCGUCUAUAUAAAUUGGGCUCUUCCAUUGUCAAGUUUCAGUCAGCGAUUUCUUUCCAUUCUUUCUGAGAUUUUGAGAUUUUUUUUUUCUUUUAAUAAGAUUAGACAGUAGCUAUGAGUUUAGAGAGUGAUAUUAAAGAAAGCAAACGAGUCGUUGAACCAGUUGAUGAUGAAGACUGUGCGGUUUUUUUCGAGCCAUUGGCUAAUGAUGCUAAACGAACUGUGGUUAAUCUUCAAUGUAGCCACAGGUUUCACUUAGAUUGUGUUGGUUCAUUCUUCAAUAUAAAGAACAAGAUGGAAUGUCCAUGUUGUAGACAGAUUGAAAAGGGAAAAUGGUUGUUCGCAAAACCUGUAGAUCUAGACCCGCCAUAUCGGGAUAUCGAUGUUUUGCGUGAUCAACUAGAAAGAGAUGAUGAUAUAUUACUUGACAUGCCAACCAGGGUGGAGAGUGACGGUGUGCCUUAUUUUUUUCAUAGUGAUAUGGAUAGAAUCUUAACCAAUACAGGUAUGUUAAUUCCAAAUGUUCCGUCCCAAAUCACUGACAAUGGCAACGCGAGGAUUAACCGAUGGCGUGAGUCGCGUAACACUACUUUGGACGCAAGGAUGCAGCGUCAGAUAGACGAACAUGUAGCCAUUAUUGUUGAUAGCGAAAGUCGUUUACACAAAAUGCUGUGUGAACUUUAUGGCUGUGAAAGAAGUGGUGGGGGAGGCGGUGAAAACAGCGGUGGGGAAGCGGUGGCGGAGGCGGGGGAAGCAGCAGAAGGGGCGGAAAUGACAGAAGAGUAGCGACGGAAAAUGGUUGUGAGUCCGUUGGCUCGAAAAUAAUAUGGUUUAUGUGAUCAUUUAGACUUUGCUUCAUUCAGUUUUUUUUUCAUGUCGUGUUUUGUUUAUCAAACUCUUAACUUUCAUGGUUUUUUUAAUUUUUUUUUUGUUUUUUUUUUUGUUUUGGAGAACUUGGCAUUGAGUUUCUUUUGUGCAUCAUA